AUGCAUCUCGACCACAAAAUUCCGUGGAAUCUGGCGUCCGCCCAUCUUAUUAUAAUAAAAUGCAACCGCCAAUUCACCCCCCAACGCACAGAUCUCUUUGCAUGCAACAAAGUAUCAGAGUCGGGUGACUUGAAUCAUUUCUGCCGCGUGUUGACUGCAACUAUCCGGGAAUUCUCGAAAACCGAGGAGACCAAGGCUCUGUCUUCUAUAUCGCCAGAUAACCUUAUCUCUGAAGCCCUACGCUCUUAUCCUGAACAAUACUAUGGCCUCGGCCCCCACGAAACAAAUUCUGCACUCCAUAACCCUCUCUCCUCAAGUCACAAGGAUCUCCAAUACUGGGCUGAUCGCGCUGGUGACCAACACUCAGGCUAUAGCAGUGGGGAUGGAGACCUUUCCGACGCGGUUAAAAUGUUGAUUAUAACUGUCGCAAGUGCGUACAAUGAAGAUACCACCACGAGAGAAGUUGCAAGAGAAGCCGUUUCUGUUCUACUCUUCCUAUCUCGUCACCCUCAAGUUCCGAUACAUACGUUGGCGAAUCUCAGCUGGGGCCAUGGGUUUGGGGUAGAGCUAGUUGCGGAUUUUGCCUUGGAGGCGUACCUCUUGAUUAAUCUUAUGGAUGGAGUCCUUUCUCGCAAACGAGGGGAAUCUAACGGGUCUUUCGAGGAGGUAUCACUGCUGGAAACAGAAUCUUUUCGAUACUUCACCACCAAGGCUCUCCCUGACUAUGAUUACCCGGCGCAAAAUAUUCCCCAUCGUGCAUUCUGGAAUGGAUUGGGUAUUACGGAUAACUGGCGCUACCAACUGACUGCCGGGGGCUGUGCUGGGAGUGGAGAGUGGGACACGACUGCGUUAGAUGGCGUAAAGGAUCCAUUGAAAGAUGCGGAUAAGGAAACCAGACUGCGCCUCCAACGCUAUCUCAAGUUGUGUUUCACUAUAUUAUACAUUUAUGAUAUGUUAUUGAGGGAAUGGUAUGGUGAAAAGGAAGCCGAUGAGAAGUGGAGGGAUUCAAUCAAUAGUGCUUUCGAAUCUUGGGGUUGUAAAAUAUGA